AUGGCAGAAGCUUGCCAUCCCCCUACAACGGAACUCUCCAAAGCAGAGCGCUUUGAAGCUACGCACCUCGCCGCGCACCAUGGCAACUACCACCAAUAUUACGCCAAGUUCCGGGCACCCACCCUUCUGGACGAGUGCCUUUCAAAUCUCCCAUCAGAUAUCCUCCGCAAUGCGCGAGUUAUAGACCUAGUCGAGCAGGCAAAGGCGGCGUACCCGGAGGACAAGUUCGACGUUGUCAUACUGCUCUCUGUCACUAAGUAG